GGAAGACUGUAACCCUGGAUGAAGGCCCUGUCUUGAGGAGGAGAGCAGGACUUGGCUUCAGACAGCAGUUUGUGAAGCCUGCAUGCGGUUUGGAUCUUCCUUACCCCUUACUUAGCUUGCAUUUGACCAGUUGACAGACAGUUUGGUUUGUUGGACAUGUGGAUGCUGCUAACUGGGUUUUUGUGCCCAUUUUGGAAAACCAUCUAGUUGUGAGACUUCUAGCUCAGGGGAAGGCCCUGCCAUGGAGGGUCUUGAGCAGCUUGACAUGGUGGGCGAUAUCAGCCCAGCUCUUGAGGCCACGGAGGACUUUAUCAACUGUAUGGACGGGAUCCAUGGCCAAGGUCCGAGCCAAGCUCAAACAGGGAUCCUCCAGCCUUCCAGGCAGCCUAAGCAGCUGCAGGAGGUGUCCAGUGCCGCGCUAGGGAAGCUGAGCUCCAGCGGCGUAUGGGGCCUGCUGGCCAGAGAGCAGCCAGAGGUAGGGCCUCUAGGCCUGGCCUGGGCCGACAACUUCAGCGUGUUGGGGCUGGGGAUGGGCUUGAGACACGGCAAGAGAAGCCGAGCGCGCUCCACCAACGACCUGGCAGCCCACACCAAGGAGUGCACCAACAACACCGCCAACUCCUCGUCCAACUCGGCCUUCAAGAAGGGACACAACCGGUCCAGGUCAGACGUCAACUACCGGCCGUCUACAUACACAGACAACGGACUGCCCACUGUGGACUGCAACACUCUGAAGAACAUGAUCCUCAACCACCAGCCAGAGGUUGAUAAAAGCAGCAGUAGCAGUGUGGUGAAGCAGAGUGCGAUGGAGCAGCGCGAGGGGUCCCGGGGGCGAUGGACAUCUUGCCAUGUCGAGCUGACACCCUGUGAGCUCCGUCUGUACACUCUGGACAGCAGCGCCAACCGCCAGCUGGGCAACGCCUACUCUCUGUCACAUUGCCAGAGCGUCAUCUCACCAGCACCCAGCAGCCAGCACGGCCAGAUCACCCAGCCUGCUGAUCAGCGCACGCUCCAAGCUUUGUUCUUCAACAGCAUGCGUCUCCAGCUGAGGGCGGCCAACCAAUGGGAAGCCAUGGAGUGGAGGCGGUUGAUGUGGGAGAAGGUGCAGGCAGCCAGACCUGCGAGGAAGGAGAACCACCAGCGCAAGACUGGAGUGGAAAAGCAACAGGUCGUCAAGUUUCCUGCAGCCAUGUCGCCGUCCUCGUCGCCCUCUCCGUCGGGCCUCGACACCAGGCCUGAUGGUGACAGCGACACCCCCACAUCAGCAGAGGCGUCACUCUCCCUGAGCAGACCCACCACCCUGCCUCUGUUCACCCAACGCUGCCAGGACGUCCUCAAAGCUGGUCUGCUUCACCAGCUGAUGGAUCAGAACAACUGGCGGGCCUUCACCUUCGUCCUGACCCGAUCGGUUCUCCGGGCCUUCCCUACCGAGGGACGUGGGUCUGUGUCCAAGCCUGUCCUCCAGUGUUCCCUGGCCUCCUGCUUGGCCGUGCGGCACGAUCAGGAGCCAGAGAAUGGAGAGCCGCGGACAGAUAGAGGGGACUGCUUCCAGGUAGUUUUCCCCAAAGAGGUACUCAGACUUCGGGCGGACGAUCAGCUCAAGGCACAGGAAUGGGCAGAGGCCCUGCGGGAGGCAGUCGCAGCGCAGAGGCCUGCCCAAGAAGAAGUAGGAGAGUCGGGAGAAGGAGCUCCAGCCAUCCAGGGAGUGCUGUUGAGAUCAAAACCAUCCAGGGAGAGGAGACAGCGGGAGGCCCAGAGAGCCAAGCGGCAGUCAGUCACCACUAGUUUCCUCAGUAUUCUCACCUGUCUGGCUGUGGAGAAGGGACUGACUGCUCAGAGCUUCAGGUGUGCAGGUUGUCAGCGUCCAGUCGGUCUCUCCAGAGGAAAGGCAAAGGUCUGCUACUACAGCGGCUGGUACUACUGCCAGAGCUGCCAUCAAGACAACUCCUUCCUCAUCCCAGCACGUCUGCUGCACAACUGGGACACCAGCAAGCACAAGGUGUCUAAACAGGCCAAGGAGUUCCUGGAGUUUGUGUAUGAGGAGCCCUUGCUGGACGUCCAGCAGCUCAACCCUUGUCUGUAUGAGCACUGUGAGCCUCUCAGCACUGUGCUGCGUCUCCGUCAGCAGCUCCAGUCACUGCGGGCCUACCUGUUCAGCUGCCGAGCAACCGUUGCCGAGGACCUCCGGCGAAGAAUCUUCCCCAGGGAAUACCUGCUACAGCACAUCCACCUGUACUCCAUGGCUGACCUGCAGCAGGUAAUUGAUGGAAAACUGGCUCCCUUCCUGUCCAAGGUGAUCAAGUUUGCCAGCUCCCACGUUUUCAGCUGCAGUUUGUGUCGAGAGAAAGGCUUCAUCUGUGAGCUCUGCCAGACCGGACAGGUCAUCUACCCCUUCCAGGAGAACGCCACCAAGAGGUGUGACGGCUGUGGCGCCGUGUUCCACACGGAGUGUCGACAGAAAGCUCAGCCGUGUCCUCGCUGCGUUCGUCGAGAACUCCACCACAAGAGGCCGUCCUCCUUCUGGUCACCUGACGACGACAGCCCCGGGUGCUUUCAUCUGCCCUACCAAGACACCUGAGACGCACAAAUGCAGUAACAAUUCGGGUGCUGCCAGGCCAUGACGCUGGACAAAGUGCCUGUUUUUCGGAUUCGUGUGUGACCACAGGACAAAUUCUGUGACAAAUUUCAGAGCGCCUGAUGCGUCGUCAGGUUUGUGUUUAUGCGUGUGUACCAGCUAACACACACAUCUGAGCUUAGCCCUCUUUGCCCUACUGUUAAGAGCAGGGAGCAAACUAACUGAAGAACUGCUGCACCAGGCUUCACAGGCUGAACUACUUGUAUUUUGUAGUCAAACAUCACACGUCAAGGUCAUUGUCAGCCAGUCUUCAUCUCUUUACCACAUCACUGCUCUCACUUAUUCCAAAUCACAGCUGAUAAACUGGAGACAUUCAAACUAAUAGUUGGAACAAGCACAAGUUCAGUGAUGAAACCAUUAGUCAAUGGACAGAAAAUUAAUUCACAGCUUUAGCUAUUAAUUAAUAAUUUAUCAAAAAGGCAAAAUGUUCUCUGGUUCCAGCCUCUCAAAUGUGAAGAUUUGAUGUUUUUCUUUCGGUUUUUGACUGUUGUUCAAACAAAAUAAGGAAGUUUUGGGAAC